GAAACCACAGUGCUGUCAGUCACAGAGGGAGGAGGAAGAGAGCAUGAACACAAACUGAUCAAACUUACAAAGUUUUAACUGACCGAGUGUGAGGAUGGAGGAAACGUGUCUGCUGCAGCUGCUCUUCCUGACCUUCCUGCUGAUCCACACCACAAACCAAGUUCAUCUGACUGUGAGUUCAAAGAGCCGUCAGCUGUUUAAAGAACAGUCUGUGACUCUGAGCUGUGAGGGGGGCGACAGCUCUGCUGGAUGGACUCUGAGGAGAAACACAACUGAAGGACAGACUCAGUGUGGAGAUCAGUGGGGAAGAUGGUCUGACUCUUCCUGUAAGAUCAGUAUGACGCUGCCGUGGGACAGUGGAGUUUACUGGUGUGAGUCCAGAGAGGGUGCCAUCAGUAACAUGGUUAACCUCACAGUCACUGGUGGAUCAGUGAUCCUGCAGAGUCCUGUCCUCCCUGUGAUGGAGGGAGAUGACGUCACUCUGCUCUGUCAAACAAAGACCACUCCCUCCAACCUCCCAGCUGCUUUCUAUAAAGAUGGCUCCCUCAUCAGGAAGCAGCCUACAGGUCACAUGACCAUCCAGCAUGUUUCCAGGUCUGAUGAAGGCCUCUACAAGUGUGACAUCAGCGGUCAUGGAGAGUCUCCAUCCAGCUGGAUCACUGUCACAGCCCAACCCACCACCACAGCUCUGCCCAUCACCACAGCUCUAACAUCUGAGUCUUCCUUCCUCCAGCCUGAGCUCAGACCGCUCUUCCACCUGGUGGUGUUCUGUCCAUAUGUGAUCUCCACUCUCCUCAUGGUGUCUUUAUAUCGACGCAGAGCCACAGUGGUAACAGCACCACCUGCUCAGGCUGGCAAGAGAUCGGCUGAGGACUUUUAUGACAUUGAGGCGGUGACCUCUGAGCACCACCUCUGAGAUGCAGCCAAGAAAUGUCAACACAGCGCAGCACAGAUGACACAUACAAGGAAAUCUCUGCUUCCUGAUCGUCUCCUUUAUGGCUCUUUCCACACUUCAGGACCAACACUGGUCCUUAUAAGAUGUAAAAUGUAGUUUAUGUGCCUGAUUCACCUGUAGACAAACCGACCAGUGGAUGUAUCCUCAUACUGGUUUGAUUGUGAAGAUGAGCUGAAGUUGCGUUUGUCGCUUCCUGCUGUUA